ACGAACUUUUAUAAAGUAUACAGUACGCAAUUUAUAGUAGUCACUUUUAUAUACUGGUCCGGCCUGAAGGAACCAAACAAGUCAUAUAAAUUUCGCGUGUAUAGAUUGCUCUUACACUCACUCCUGAUUUGUGGACGGGUGAUUCAUUCAGUUUAGGAAAUUAGGAUUAACGCAAAAACAACGGGCAGCAUUCUUUAGCUCGGGCUUCGUUGGGAUUAGCUUACUGCGAAGCAUUGUGCAUCGGCUAUCAUGUUUUGGAGAUGGAUUUUUGUGUACAAUUUGUCGGUGUGCUUGUCUGUUAUAUCUGCCGGCAUAUCACCGAGCAGCGGCCCUGAAUGCCGAGAUAUGGGAUUGUUUCAGUGUGCUCGCCCGAUUAUAACUUUUGUUAUGACGGCUGACGGGCAGCGGAUUGGUAAAAUCAGGAAAAGCGGUUUGCUAAAGGAAAAUGAUUUCACGAAAGUCUGCCGGCUUGCUCAGUCGACCAUUUCCUGCAUCGACGGAUGGAUCGGCAGAUGUAUGCCAGCCAACGAGACCGAUCUGCACAUCGUCUCAAAGGGCACAGUCAAGAUCCUAUCAGUGUGCAAUGAAACGGACAGUUUCAGCAAGUUCACCAAGAUGACGACGUGUGCCGAGAAGAUAAACAACACUCACAAGGCGUGCGGUGAGAGUAUGCGAACCAACUUGCCGGAAGCCCACAAAAAUAUCAAUCCUAGAAAUCCCAAGGAAAUAUUUCAAAUUGAGAAUCUCCAACGACAUGUGUGUUGCACCAUCAAACAGUAUAAAACUUGCAUCACUCCGUCUAUGCAAAGUUCUUGUGCUGCCGAAGAAAAAACGCUGACAGACAAAUUCCUGGAUCGCGUAUUGGGAGCAUAUCAGUGCACAAAUGCGGUGUUUGGAGCAUGUGUUGCGGAGGAUGGAGUCGCCACGGCAAAAGCCUAACUGAACACAGUAAUGAGUUUUUUUCAAGCGAAUAUUCUCAACAGAUUUGCGCUGCGUUCUCACAUUCAGUACAUCACUUGACCUUCUGCUCUUUUCUCUUUUGAUUUUUUACUUUUCAUUAAUUCCUUUCAUUCCGGCUGGCUGUUUUUUUUGGAUUUUGUAAACAGGUUGUUUUCACUGCUCUUUCCACAUUUUUCACGCUAUUACUUAAAACAUAAAUCUCUGCAUUAUAUGUACCUUUAUACAGAGUACUGUAUUGUACUCGUACUGUCGUACAAUAAUUAAUGUUAUGUUUAUUACUUCUUACAAUGCUGCAUGAGGUACAAUACUUCUCGAGUAGCGCAUCGAAAUUUAUCAGUUUCGAAUUUCGAUAAUAUACGAGUAAAUUGAGAUUAA